UUAAGCCAAUCAAUAUUGUAUCUGUCUAAUAAUAGAUCCAUUAUGGAUGGCGGUACAAGUGUCACCAAGGUGAGAGUCUGACCAGAAAGAAUUGUGGUUUAACGCAAUAACACAUUUUUUGAGAGGGUGGAUCUGAUCAGUUACACAACGCCAUGGAUCGGGAAACAAGUGAAUUUUUGAUCUAGCUGAGAGACCAAGAUACAUGGGCUAGAAUCUACAAAAUGAGGGACUGGCGCCUGGCAUUGCUGGUCAUCGGACUUCAAUCUUGCAUCUAUCAAUAUGCCUGUGGACAGGAGAUCGACCUCUUCACCCUGUGUCCAUCGCUUAUGUCAGGAAUCCAAGUGUGUGCUGAUAAAUAUAUGCCAGGAAAACAGACGCCGAUCAUGGCCAUGUUUGACCCAAAAGCAAUUGGAAAAAUAGAUUUGAAUCUGGGAAGUUUUAGAGAAAUGUGCAGUACAAUGUCAAUGAUAGACCAAAUGGAAAACCACUUCGUGUGUAUCAAUACAGUCUUGAACAUCACCACCUGCCCCGCCCUUGGCCUUGACCUUGCAGACUUACUGAACCCCAACAUGCUUGGGGCCAUGAAAAGAUCGUGGAAGUACACGUGCCAACACUUGGAAGUUCUGGCAAGUGAAGCGGCACAAACGUGUCUGAUAGAGACCAACAAACAAAUGCUGAGAUGUAUAACAAAAAGGUCACGAGAGAAGAAGCUGAAAGAUGCUGUUGAGGAGGCUACAGAAAAUAACUCAAAUCAACAGGAUGUCGUGAAAUUAAAUAAUUGCAUAAUGUAUAGUUUAUCAUCAACCUGUUUCAAGAAAGCAUUGGAUUUAAAGGGCUGUCCACAGAACAUCAGUGACGUCGCCUGGAAGUCGGUCAGUCUAGUGAUCCCCACAGCAUGUACGACUGGACCUUACGCAAUCUAUAACAAGUUAUUUUCUGGGACAAGCGAAAACUCUUCAACCUCAAAAACUGUUAGCAUUCUUCCUUUCGUGUUGUUGAUAUUAUAUGUUACUUUCCUAGAUUGGACAUAAACUCAAUGUAGCUAUACAGAUUACCUAGUUUUUUUAUAUUUUACCAGGAACCGACAAAUUGCUUUGGCGGUGUUCACAGUAUUCUUCUAUCUCCAAGAUAAACGUUGUGUUUCUUCAAAAGAAACCAGGAAAUCAAAUUGAAACUUUCAUCAUGCAGGCCUAAAAUGAAAUAAGCUAUGGUUCCAGUAAUCACCAGACUAACACUCAUUGACAAGUCGCUACAAAUGUACAUGUAACUCACUUACCCAUGACUUGCACGUUCCUGCCUCUCACUGAUGCCAUCUGGUGUUUCUGAAUGUCACUGAUGCCCUCCUCUGGGUACAGCACCAUCAGCUUUGUUGAUUCAGGAUCUGGAAGGAGUAAAUUUAAGAGUUGAGAUUAUGAAAUACACCAAAUGCAUUUGCCUUUGAACUUAUUUGCUAUUGUCCUGUAGUUUUGUCAUGAAGAAUUGUUCCAAAAGGUUUUUGUUUUUGACUGGCUUUUCAAAAAUGACAAUCAAUCACUGUGCCAGUGCCAAUGUUAUCACAAUUACAUUUUAAGUCUUCACAUUUUUUCACAUUACAAAUUUUUUUUUGUAAAUUCGUUAUGGUUUAUGUUGCGUCCCCAUGGUACCAUACAUUGUACUAUGACUUAAUAGGUGGAUGAAACGAGGAGAGAGGAUUGUUGAGUGGCCAUGUGCUUUUUCAAGGCACCAAGUUCCUGUUGUAACUAUAUAUAGCUGUU